GCCCCGAUCCUCGGCCAGUAGGGCAGCCUGGGGAGCUCUGGGAGUCGAAGUGCACAGACCUUAAAAUGGCCGAGGUUGCGAAGCGCUGCUCUGGGUCGACAGUUGGAGGCUGAGGGCCGGUGCUGCGGUGCCCCAGCAGGAGCUGAGGAGGGACCCGGCUGGGCUGAGCCGCCACUCCGGGUUGGCUCUAACUGCCCUGCCCGACAUGCCUGGCCAAAAGGGCGGAGGUGCCUCCCCACUCUCGGGGCUUGUUUCUGGGGUGCCUGAGUGGAGAACUGCUGCUGGGACAGAGGGCCCAGUUCUGCCAUUCAGUUCCGCAAAGGGGAAAGGAAAUCAGCUCCAUUUUUUCAGCAGAGCGCUUUCCCUGUAGCAUCUCUUUCAUCCUUUCAUUUCCUUACGUGUAAAAGCAUGCACACACACACACACAUAUGCACCACACAGGACGGAAGUGCCCCCACCCACAGACUUCCUGCUGCAGACUGCCUGCAAAAAUCUUCCCUACAUCUUCUUGCCCAGUCAUUUUUUCACCUGUCAGAAGACCUGCUGCCUGAGCUGAGAAAAACAGGGACCGACAUAUCUGGCUCCCCCAUUGACAAGCAUGGGAGGCCAGGAACAGUUGCUGUGGGUAACUCUCCUUGCCCUGUUCUUCCAAGGUAGGCAGUUUGAGAGUGGGGUGGCUUGUGGAGUGGGAGGGGAGGCAGGCUGCGAAAGAAAGAAAGGAAGAAAGAAAGAAGACGAGCAGCGUAGUGAGAAGGCACGAGGACCAGACUGCCAGUUCAUUACCAUGUGUUGCUUGCCCUCAGCUGUGUUUGUGAUUCAGAGCAUCUGCUUAGCCCCCCCCCCCAACUGAAAGCAGCAGACCAUUGUCCUCGCCACACCUGGCCUGGGGUUGGAGGCAGCCACUUCCCUCUUUCUCACCAACCUCAUAAAUGAGGAAUGGGACAUUUAUGUUGCAAGCUUUUGGAGGAAAGGCUGAAUGCAAAUGUUAAUACAGCCCCCUGAAGAGGAAAACCUGUCAGAGCAAUGAUGGAGAUGUUGCCUUUAGUGGCUGCCAGAUUCCAGGGCCAAAGGAUCUGUGAUCUGUCUCCACAGCCUAUGGUAGGCAUCAGCAUCAGUGGAAAUACCGCAUCUGAAAAUGAUAUCGUCAUAGAGCAAAAAGGGAAAACUGUCUACCUGGUAUGUACAGGGGGCAACAAUGAGACACGCUGGAAAAAAGACGGGGUGAAUCUAACCCCCCAAGGGAAGAAGUUGAUGUUGGCUGUGAUGGACGACCCCAGAGGCAUCUACCAGUGUCUCGACAGGGAUGAGAAAAACAGAACCCUGCAAGUUUUCAUCCGGAUGUGCCAGUACUGCAUCCAUCUGGACUUCACCACGAUUCUGGGGAUUUCAGUCGCCAGCCUCCUUGCCACAGUCUUCCUAGCCAUCGCUGUGUACCACCUAGCUGUGGAAGAGCGGAGCCGGCCUGCCCAAGCUUCUGAUAAGCAGAGCCUGUUGGCCAACGACCAGCUGUACCAGCCUCUCCAGGAGCGCAACGACAGGCCAUACAGCCACAUUGCCAUCACCAAGCCUCGCCGCCGAUGACGCCGUUCUCCAGCCGCCUUCGGGUUCCCCUUCCUGCGCUCAAUCCCCGAGGGACGUCCAUUAGGUCAGCUGAGGUGGGGAAUUGUGGGGCCCUCCCUCCGCCUGUGUCUGCCUUCUACUCCAGGGCCUCAAGCCGGAGACCUGCUGGAGCUGUCGGAGCUGCUGGAUUGCAUUUUCUGUUUGUUAACCCUAAGAGUGUGGGCUUGGGGGGGGCGGGGGGGGGGCAGCCUGCUUUAAGCUAGUUUGAUGAAUGCCCUCAGGUGCAAUGCUGGGAAUGUGGUGGCCGAUCAGAAGAAGAAGGUCUUUUCUUGGCAACACAAGUGGCCGGUUCAUCUUCCAUCCUUCCCUUUGCAGCUGAAACUGGGUCCCUGGCGUUGCUCCCCUGGGCGUCCUGCCCCUCCCCCAAUAAAAGGUGUUGCUUGCAA